ACGCACAUCUUCCCAAACUUUCUGACAGAAUUUCUAGUUGUACUUGUGUUGGAGACAAAAGGAACGAGAAUGAGUUUCAGGGAGAGUCUGUUGUUCCUGACUGUGGCCGUGGUCCUAGUCUGUGGUCAGAGGAGACGCCCUGCAAAAGAAGAGUGGAACUACCGUGAUGGUGCUGAGAAAGUAAACAUGCGAGGAGUUGCAAACUUGACUCAGGUCCUGGAUGAUUGGAGGUUUGAUAUCCUGAACCAAAUAAAGGGACUUCUACAAAAUGACCACCAGUCCUUGCUGCCAGACUACUCCAGGAUCCAACCUCUCUCUGAGGCUUUGGAUGACUUGUACAAGGAGUUCAAUGCCCUGAAAGCACAUCUAGGUGAGCUGACCGAAAAGUUUGUACCACUGGAGACCUACAUUGAUGAACUGAAGACAGAGAGGGCCAAUGCGAACGCAUCACCUACCAGUCCAGUGCGCAGAAGGGUCAUUAAGAAGAAGAUUCUUGGCUCCUAAAUGUCCUGAGCUUUGGAAUGGAGCUGGUACUCUCCUGACGCAAAUGGCUAUGAUGUAGAUUUGCUUAGAUUCUAUUUCCUUGGCCUUUGGCCAUCUUGUUAUUGCAUGUUGCUGGGAAACAGGUAAUGAACAAUAUGCUGAACAUGGUGAAUGUCCCCCUCUGUGGUUUGGGCUAUAUUUGAAAGUAGCGAUUUAUAAUAAUGGACAUAGUUGCAACAGGACUGACUUUAUUUUUAGUAUACCUUGCAUCACUCCUAAACAAAAUAAAUUAUUUUAAGUAUGCCUUUGUUUUUCAACAUAAGAGCAUUGCAUUUCACUGACAAUAUUAAUCCUGUACUCGGAAUUAUUCAGUUUGAGUAAAUUUAAAUAUUCAUGAUUGUCAGUGUAGUUAUAUUUGGUAUUUGCAGCACUCACAAUGAUCAGUGACUCAUGCAGGUGUAAACUAAUUAUGUACAAACUAAGAACAUUCCAAGCACACAAUAAACUGUGUUUUUUCAUUGUGUAUUUAUGCGUAUAAUCUGAUGAACAUGGUAAUUAGAGGCUUAAAUUCUCUUGCAGUCUCAUGUAAGCUAUAAUAAAUUCAGUCUGUUGUCUUCACUCCUAAGUUUCGGUGUGUUAGCUGACUUAAGACAUAAUUAGAUUUCUGCAUAAUAGUGUGAUGUUUAUUUAGUGUAAUAGUCAACUGUGCAUGCUUUCAUCAAUCCAAGUCCUUGUCUUAUCCCUGUUUCUCAGCAUCUCUCAACACAUUUUAUGAGAAGCGCUUAUUUUCACUUUCUGGUGAAAAAAAAAAAAAUUAUAUACAUGUGUGUGUAUGUAUAUAUAUAUAUAUAUAUAGAUAUAUAUAUAUAUAUAUAUAUAUAUGUAUGUAUAUUUCAUGUUAUGUACUGUGCAUUUGUAUGUGUUAAUAUGUGCUUAAAAUAUCUUAAAUGAUUCUUUACGGUUUACCUAAACUGCUUUUCUGUUUUGUUCCCAGCUGUAAA